AUGGCUCGUGUCUAUGUCCUGCAUUGUGCUCAAUCGCAUGUGAGUUUUCGUUUGCCCGAGAUCGAAGCAAGUGCCGCGUACCUCGGUAUUGAGUAUGAGCUACUCCCCACACCCUCGCGCCAGGAUCCAAAGGGUGCCAUGGAUGACUUGUCGCGUCCCUUUCACUUGUGCCGCUUAGCUGACGAUGACGCGGCCAAAGCACUGCUGCAUAGGUGCUCAUGCAUCCGUGCUAUUUGGGAGCUUUGGGAAUGUGCAGAUACAUACGAACAACUGCAUGCACGCAAUAGGGCAUCGGGCAUGUAUUUGGCAUGGCAGUCGCCCGACGUGAGCUGGAAAGCCCUCAUGCAGGGCUUCCAUGUAGCGCUGUCGGAGAAGCGCCGCCUUGCUCUGAUCGAGUCGUUCGCAUACAUGAACUUCCAGGGUCCCAUUCGCAUGCGCGGAGCUGACUUGACGUGGGGCGUCAUCGAGGAGUAUAGCCGCCCGACCGACAUUCAGAGCGUCGAGGCACGCGGCCAAGCCGAGAUGGGAGAUCGCGAUCCACGGCUAAUUCAGCUUUUUCUAGGUCGAAAAAUCAAGGACAGGUCGGGUGCGCUCCCUGCGCGCGAUCUCAUCGAUGUCCUCAGCCUCAAAAAGCGCAAGUAUAUUGGCAAUACCAGUAUGGAGAGCGAAAUGAGUGUGAUCAUGGCCAACAUGGCCCUCGCGGGCCCUGGAAAGUUGGUGUAUGAUCCAUUCGCGGGUACGGGCUCUAUGCUGUAUGCCUGCUCGAUCCUUGGCGCGAUGUCGUUGGGCAGUGAUAUCGAUGGACGCAUGCUCCGAGGUAAGAACCGCGAGCACGGUAUUCCAGGUAUCAGGGAAAGCGCCGAACAAUACGGUAUUCAAGGACGCAUCAUAGAUGCUGUGACGUUUGACAUGACACAGGCGCCGUGGCGAACGCCAUUUCGAGGCGACAUGGGCCUGUUCGACGCGAUCGUGACGGAUCCACCUUAUGGCGUUCGCGCAGGUGCGAAGCGUCUAGGUAAACGCAACGCAGAACUGCAGCGUGAUGAGCCCUUUAUUAUGCCCGACGGGAUGCCGUCCCACAUGAUGCCUGACUAUGUCCCCCCCACCAAACCGUACCACCUGUCUGAGCUGGUGACCGACCUCCUUGAAUAUGCGAGCGCUCUCCUACACCCAGGCGGCCGUCUCGUAUUUUGGCUACCUACGAUGAACGAGGAGAAGGCAGAAACAUCCAUACCCACGCAUGCUCACUUUGAUCUCGUGGCACACAGCAUCCAAGACUUUGGUCGUUGGAGUCGUCGUCUGAUCACAAUGCAGAAGCGGCAAGGCGUUUCUGCUCAGAUACCCACACACACUCCUGUCCCUGGCCGCAUUCGUGCGAACGACAAGCCUGAUGAAUUCCGCAACAAGCUCUUGGCCCCCACCCAGUCGUAG